CCCCCCUGUGUAGCUACUGUGGGGCGUUUGGGCAGAUCUCCUUUCUGCACCCUGCGGCGCUACUACGGGGCAUUUGGGUCGGUCCCCGCCCCGCUUCUUUGCAAAGUCUUACUCCUCCUGAAGCAAAGUGGGCGCGGCUCCCGGGCAAAACCCGGUGCGCGUGGUUUGAAAGGGAGGCCCGGCUCGGGAACGCCUUCCCCGGGGCGCCCUUAAGGAAGGCCCGGCCUCCCGGCCCGGCUCCUCCCCCUGAUUCCCCGCCCCCCGCCGCUUCCCGGUUUAUCUGCCGGGCCGGGGCGCCGCUGGGCCGUCGGCGGUUCCUGGAAGGCUCCGUCCGCCUCCCUCUCCCAUGUGGCUGCCCCCCAGAUGCCCCGCAGCGGCCGCCUCUUGGGCAGCGCGCGUCGCCUGGCGAGGCUACUGCGCCCGCUCCGCCCAGCGCCGGGGGCUGCUCUUCCGACAGCUCUUUGAAGCAGAAAGCUUCACUUACACUUACUUGCUGGCAGAUGCAAAGACCAAGGAGGCAGUUCUGAUCGACCCAGUUCUGGAGACGGCCCGGAGAGAUACGGCACUUGUGAAGCAGCUGGGACUUAAUUUACUGUAUGCAGUCAACACUCAUUGCCAUGCUGACCACAUCACAGGCACCGGGCUUCUGAAACAGCUGUUACCUGGAUGUCGGAGCGUCAUCUCCCGGCACAGCGGAGCCUCGGCAGAUGUCCUAAUUGGGGACGGACACACCCUGCAGUUUGGGGGAAUGGCCUUGGAAGCUCACUCCACCCCCGGGCACACUGACGGCUGCCUGACGUACGUGCUGAACGACAAGAGCAUGGCCUUCACGGGGGACGCCUUGCUGAUACGGGGCUGUGGGCGGACUGACUUCCAGCAGGGCUCCCCGGAAUCUUUGUACCGUUCUGUCCAUGAGAAGAUCUUUUCGCUGCCCGGAGACUGCCUGGUCUACCCUGCCCAUGAUUACACUGGCCAGACGGUCUCCACGGUGGAGGAAGAGAGAGCCCUGAAUCCUCGCCUCACUCUGCCUCUGGAGGCCUUUGUGGAGCUGAUGAACAAUCUAAAUCUGCCUAAGCCAAAGCAGAUUGAUUUUGCAGUACCUGCAAACCUCAGGUGUGGGAUCCAAGACGCAGCAGUUUAGCAACUGCAUUCCGAGCCAGGCCAGUUUCCGGGCCCCCUAAAGCAAAACGGGGGCCUCUGUAGCACAAAGAAGACAACGUGCUUCUCUGGGAGGGAAAAGAAUCCCUUCGACUCCUGACUUCCCGUUGUGGAAUCUAUAUGAAGAAUUUUAAUUGGCCUACCUGCUCCCCCUCCUGGUACUCACUGGUACUUCAUUUUGUACUUGCUAGGAGUUUAUAGCCCCACCUCAAAUCCCCUGGAUGCACUUUUCAAGUUUGCACUGCCUCCCUCUCACCCCUGGAGAUCUUCCAGCCCUACUUCCCUGUCCUGGAUUAGAUCAGAAGGCCAAAGGGUUUUGUACUGUGAAUUUUUGAAACUGGGGAGGAAAAGUGGGCCAAGAGACGCUGUCUGUGGAAGGUUUUCCUGUCAUAAAAUAAAAUGCACGUGUUGGUA